AUGGCAUUCAAAGUUUUUAACAACCGGGACAAAAAUGCUGAGGCUGCUCGCCAAGCAUGCCUGCAGCAGAAGGUAGCCCUGCAGACCCAGGCUAUAGUAGCAGCCCUGAGGCUAGCCAAAAACCCAGGACACCAGCCCAGGGGCCAAGUCCAAGUCCAGGCCAUUGAAAGGAACGCUGCCAGGAGCCUGCUUCAAAUGUGGAUGUACCUCUUCUCCAAGAUCCUGGACACCAGCUACAGACAUGUCAACUGCCUUUCUCACUCACUUGGCCUCCGUCAUUACAGGGGGGAGGCAGAUGCGCUGUAUGAAGACUUGAACCUGCUGAAAGGACUCAUGGCCGUGAAAGACAAAGAUAAGCCGUCACAGGACGAGCUGUUUAGGGAGAUGGUUCUGAAGGAGUUUCCUCAGGUGGAACAGGAGCUCGAGGAGCGCAUAAGGAAGCUCUAUGAGCUGGCAGACAGCGUUGACAAGGUACACAGGCGCUGUACCAUCUCCAACGUGGUGUCUAGUUCCACUGGCAUUGUGUCUGGCAUUCUGACCAUCGCUGGCCUGUCCCUGGCACCUCUGACAGCAGGGGCCAGUCUGGUGUUUGCAGCAACUGGGGCAGGACUGGGGGUAGCAUCUGCUGUGACCAGUGUGUCCACCAGUAUCGUGGAAAUCUCAAAGAACGAGUCAGCAAAAGCCACAGCCAGUCACCUAGUGUCAGAUGCCAUGGGUAAUGAUGACAUGGUCAUUGAGUGUUUACGUCACAGUGCACCCAGAAUUGCUUCCUUAUCAAAGUGCAUCCAAUCCGUGCAGAAAAUUGUGAAGAACGUCCGUGCCUUCAAAGUGGCCAAAGCCAGGCCUCUCUUAGCAGUGAAAGCCAAGGAUUUCAUGACUGCAGGGAGUAUGUCAAUCCGAAGCAGCAGGCGGGUACAGAAAGCUUUUGGUGGCAGUACUCUGGCAAUGACCAAAGGAGCCAAGGUGUUUGGUUUGGUCACUGCAAGUGCCUUCCUUCUGGUGGAUGUGUACACCGUUGUGAAGGAGUCAGUGCACUUGUAUGAGGGGCCAAAGGCAGAGCUGGCUGAACAAUUGAGGGAGCAGGCCCAGGCGCUGGAGAGGAGGCUGAAGGGACUCAGAGGGUUUCACAAGAUUCUACAGGAUGUCAUGUGCUCCAAGGAUGAGUGAGUAAAGAAUGUGACUAAGCUACACCAGCCAGGCCUCUAGAAACACUUGUAGAUUCCCCCAAUGCAUGUAAGGCAACAUCCCCAUGGGCUUUCGUCCGUCUGCACACGCGUGGGAAACUGGAAGAUUUCUGAGAUGAAGACCUCCCAGCUUCCAACUUUCAGAGAGCAUCAUUGUCCCCUGAUUUCCUGAAGCUCGGCCUUUAACUAUUUUUAGAAAUUUUCAUUUUCCUUCUGUGGAUGUUUUUCAGCUAUUAAAAUCCCCUGGAAAUACACCCCAAAGUACCUUUCUGGAGUACGUUGUUAGAGUUCUCCCCUCCUUGUGUUGCAGGAGAUACCACAGGAAGGAACCUGAGACCUGGCCAGGGACUAUAGGGUCCUGAUUGCCAGGGAACACCUUUUAACACUUAGGUAGCCACUAGGCAUGAGGGGCCAGAAGGGAAACAAAGUCAGGGCCCUGGCCAUUGCAGUCUAACAAAGCACUUCAUACAGGAGGUAGAAGCAAAGGAAGACAUGCCUCCCCCUGACCUAGCAGUCCUGACCCUGGUUCCAUUGGGCAGCCAGGCAUUCGGAACAACACAAGGAGACUGUGAUAGUGGGUGUUGGGGGCCUUGAAAGUCUGUGUGUGUCAUCUCCUCUAGUGGGAAAAGGAAAAGCUCGAGGCUGUGUACCCACCCCAGGCCUAGAAGGGAGAAGGGGAGGGGUCUGACGUGUCUAAAAAACGGCCCAUAAACAAUUUUGGUCAAAUGCCUGCCCCCUGUGAUGUGUGCAAAAUGAACAGAUAGAGUCUGGAGCAAGAUGAGAUUUGGGGCUAACAGACCCUGAUACGUACCUACAUUUGGGCAGUCCUGUCUCUCUGGGAAAGCUGCCCCACCUGUACCCACCAAUCAAAAUGUUACCUCUUCACCCCACCCUGCCAACUAUGUAAGUCCUCAGAACAAAGGGCCUUCUUCUCUUUUGUUGGCUCAAGG